AUGCUCCACAGUAGUAAUCUACUAGCCCCUCUUCUACCACACAACAACAAACGCAAUAAUUCUUCAUCUUCCUCAACUAUGAAUUCCGGUAAACGCGCCACCGUUGACCUUACCUCCGAAGCCGAUGAUUCCGUCAAGCGCCACCGAUCCCACCUCCCGGCCACCGUGGACCUUUCUGUUUCCGGCGAAAAGGAACAUGAAUACGAGGAGGAGCAGUUAGGGUCUGCUAUUAUUGAACAAGAAGAUUCAACUGGGCUUCGCCUUCUGGGUUUGCUUUUACAAUGUGCAGAGUGUGUUGCUAUGGACAAUCUCGACGACGCCGGCCAACUUCUGCCGGAGAUAGCCGAGCUUUCUUCUCCCUUCGGCUCAUCAGCCCAACGCGUCGGGGCGUAUUUUGCCGACGCGUUGUCGUCUCGAAUUAUCAGCUCCUAUUUGGCCAAUCAAGCCAUCCAGCAGGCAUUGGAUGGUGUAGAUCAUGUCCAUGUAAUCGACCUUGACAUCAUGCAGGGACUCCAGUGGCCGGGAUUGUUUCACAUCCUGGCGUCCAGGUCCCGAAAAAUCAAGUCGAUUAGGAUUACCGGGCUUGGACAGUCCAUGGAUCUUCUGAACUCAACGGGUCAAAGAUUGGCAGAAUUCGCAAGUGCCCUUAACAUCCCUUUUCAGUUCCAGCCACUGGAAGGCAAAAUUGGGAACGUAAAGGAUCUUAAUCAGCUCGGAAUCAAGUUGGGCGAAACUGUAGUUGUUCACUGGAUGCACCAUUGCCUGUAUGACAUAACCGGUAGUGAUGUGGUAACAUUGAGGUUGCUGAGUUUGUUGAGGCCGAAAUUGAUCACGAUCGUUGAACAGGAUUUGAGUCACGGGGGGAGUUUCCUAGGGAGAUUCGUCGAGGCCUUGCAUUAUUACUCGGCAUUGUUCGAUGCUUUAGGGGAUGGAUUGGCUGCAGAUAGCGUAGAGAGGCAUACGGUGGAGCAGCAGUUGUUUGGGUAUGAGAUUAGGAACAUUGUCGCCGUGGGUGGGCCCAAGCGCACGGGGGAAGUUAAGGUGGAACGAUGGGGGGACGAGUUGACCCGGGUAGGGUUUCGGCCGGUUUCCCUCGCGGGUAACCCGGCAGCCCAAGCUAGCUUGUUAUUGGGGAUGUUCCCAUGGCAAGGGUAUACAUUGGUGGAGGAGAGUGGAUGGUUGAAAUUGGGAUGGAAGGAUUUAUCAUUGUUGACAGCCUCGGCUUGGCAAUUUUCGGACUAG